AUAUAUAUAGCAACAAACUGUACAAUUUUUGCUUACUAAUUAAUAAAAUUGAUAAGCAAAAAAUAUUUAGAACAAUAGCAAAACGAAGCAACUGAAAAUGUUGCGUCUUAGCCUUUUAUUUUUAAUAACAUUUUCCGUUGUGGUUAAUUGUUUUGUCAAAGUACCUCUUACGAAAUUUCAAUCACCAAGACGAUCAUUAGAAGAUGUCGGUACACAUGUACAACAAGUACGACUUCGUUAUGGAACCAAAGUUGGGUCACCAGAACCAUUAUCAAAUUAUUUAGAUGCUCAAUAUUAUGGACCAAUAACUAUUGGAAGUCCACCACAAUCAUUUCGAGUGAUCUUUGAUACAGGAUCAUCCAAUUUAUGGGUGCCAUCAAAACAUUGCAGUUUGACAAAUAUCGCCUGUUUAUUACAUAAUAAAUAUGACAGCAGCAAAUCAUCGACAUAUGAGAAAAAUGGAACUGAAUUCGCAAUUCGUUAUGGAACUGGAAGUCUUAACGGAUUCCUUUCCACAGAUGUUGUAAAUAUUGCUGGAUUAGACGUUAAAGGUCAAACAUUUGCUGAAGCAGUGAAAGAACCAGGUCUAACAUUUGUUGCCGCUAAAUUUGAUGGAAUUUUGGGUCUUGCCUUCAGUUCAAUUUCAGUUGAUCGUGUCACACCUGUAUUCGAUAAUAUGAUCUCGCAAGGAUUAGUUCAAGAGCCAGUUUUCUCAUUCUAUUUGAACAGAAAUCCAUCAGCUCCUGAAGGUGGUGAAAUAAUCUUUGGUGGUGUUGAUCCAGCAAAAUAUAAGGGUGAUUUCACAUAUGUGCCAGUCGAUCGUAAAGCAUAUUGGCAAUUCAAAAUGGAUUCGGUAACAGUGGCAGGUAGUAAAACAUUCUGUGAAAAUGGUUGUGAAGCUAUUGCUGACACUGGUACCAGUUUAAUUGCUGGACCAUUAGCUGAAAUUACUGAAUUGAACAAAGCUUUAGGUGCUACACCAAUUAUGAAUGGUGAAUACUUUGUUGAUUGUAAUUCGAUUCCCAAUUUACCAGUUAUCAACUUCAAAAUUGGCGGUAAAGUGUUCCCAUUGGAAGGAAAAGAUUAUAUUUUAACUGUUAAUCAAAUGGGUAAAACCAUCUGCUUAUCUGGUUUCAUGGGCAUUGAUAUCCCACCACCAAAUGGACCAUUAUGGAUUUUAGGUGAUGUAUUCAUUGGUAAAUAUUACACAACAUUUGAUGUUGGUAAUUCACGAGUUGGGUUCGCUGAAACUGCUUAAGAAUAGUAUUUUUUUUUCCAAAGCCUUAUAAUUUUUUGUUACCAAAUAGUAAAAAAAAAUCAAAAAAAAUAAGACUGCUUUAAUAAGAAAUGACAAUUUGUUAAUUGUAAUUAAGAAUGACAAUGUGUGAAGUUUUGAAUAAAAGUAAUUAGAAAUAAAUAUUUUUCUGUAA